GCUCUAAGUACAUAGCUAAGAAUCUACGUGUGUGAUGUUUACAGCUUACAGCUACCGUUGAAUUUCCUAAGUUAUGUAGUGUCACUGAGGUUCUAUCUAAUAUAUUAUCUAUGCUCUUCAGUGAUUGGUUAUUAAAAGUAAUCCAGUAUGGAGUGUGUUGGAUCAGAGCAAGGUGAUGCCAGUGGUGGCAAGUGUAACUCAGAGAGCAAGGGGGCAGAAAGUGACAUUUGUACACAAACAAAAGAAGAAGGGGAUGAGUUAGAGGUACCAAAAGAGAGUGUAGACUUUAAAGUGAUAUACAACAAAAACAAAUAUGAUGUAAAUUUUCUCCUUGACAGCACAGUUGGCCAACUGAAGCAACAUCUGCAAGAUAUAAUAGGAGUUCCUCAGUCAAUGCAGAAGGUGAUGAUAAAAGGCUUAGCAAAAGAUGAACGCACUUUGAGGGAGUUGGGUGUUGUGAAAGGUGCAAAGGUGAUGGUUGUAGGAUCCACAUUGGAUGAUGUUCUUGCAGUAUCUACACCUAGUAAACAGGAUAUACAAGAUGAGAAGAUGGCUACUGCAAGCAAGGAGCCAUUCUGCAAACAGAAACAACAUAGGAAAGUGUUAGAUAAAGGUGUACCAGAUGAUGUUAUGCCAGGAAUUAAGAACACCAAGGAUGCUCUCCCGCCAUACCCACUUUCUGGAAUGCUGAAUAAAUCUGGAGGUAAGGUGCGUCUCACGUUCAAAAUGGAGCAGGACCAAGUGUGGAUUGGCACCAAGGAAAGAACAGACAAGAUCCCCAUGAACACAAUAAAAGGUGUGGUCAGUGAGCCUAUAGAAGGACAUGAAGAGUAUCAUAUAAUGGGAAUCCAGCUUGGUCCUACAGAUGCAUCAAGGUACUGGGUGUAUUGGGUUCCAGCGCAGUAUGUUGAUGCCAUCAAAGAUGCAAUCCUUGGAAAGUGGCAGUAUUUCUGACACUUUUUUGCCUGUGCUAAUUCUGUGUCUUCAGAAUGUAGUAUGGUGAUGUGUGUGUUGGUUUGGCUAUGUCAGAAAGAGAACAUAAUGCAAGUAAGGGUCUUCCAAAUUAAAAUAUAGAACUGUUACAUUAACAUAAAAACACAAAGAAAUAUAUUUAGUUUGGAGGCCUGGUUGGUUAAUUUAUGCACUACUUUGGAUGACAGAUAUGUGCAAUGGAUGGAUUUUUGGAGCCGUGUUUGCAAUGAUGUUGAAUACUUUGUUCAGUGUUUCAUACCAACAGAAGUUUUGAAGGAAGAUUGGUGCCAGUGUGUAUUUGCGUGUGUGUGUGUGUGUUUGAGGGAGAGAUUGGUGGUAUUGAAAAUUAUGUUUCUACUUGUUUUAAUCAUACCAUUCUUUGUUACUAUGGAUAAUGCACAAAUAAAUACAAAUUUAGGAGGGGUCAGGGUUUCUUUAUGGCUAUUGCUUGCAAAAGCUGUAGUGUAUUGGAGAGUAACUUUGGGAUGUCUUGGUGUUUUCAAGACUAGUCGCACAUAACAUGAAUGAAAUGGUUUGAAUUAAAAAGCAAAGUUGUAAGGAAAUACUUUGUCUUUAGUGUUUUUCAGUAAUAAAGAAGUCUGUUGAUGUUUGUUUUCUGGGUAGUAAUGCAUUGUGUCCACACAGCAUAGCUAUCUAGAAAACAAACAUCACUGUGAGAAACUCAAAUCUCAAUAAAAAAAAGUCUAGUGACAUUUUAGGCAAGUAUGUUGCUAAUUAUGCAGUGUGCAUUGCUUUAUAGAUAAAUUUUUGUGUUUGAAACUGAUCAUGUCAUUUUGCAUUAUCUUUAGGCCUCAUUCAUGUGAUGUGAUGUAAAAAAAAUCUGUUCACUUAAUUUUGCAUUGUCUUUAGGUCUCGAUGUAUUGUGACGAAAAACACCUUAAAACAACCUCGUUGCUAAAUUGCAUAAUAAAUAACCAGAAUAAUUUUAAAUAAUUUGAAAAUGAUGUGAUUCCUGGGGAUUUGGGAACUAUCCCAAGCACUUCAUGUCUUUAGGUCUCAAUGUAUUGUGAUGAAAAACACCUUGAAACAAACUCUUUGCUAAAUUAUAUAAUAAAUAACUAGAAAAAUUA